AUGUCGACGGCGGCUCCCGCGCCGGGCUCCACGGCCACGGUGCGGGUAUCCAACAUCCCGGCCUCGCCCAUCGCCGCCGAGCUGCUCGCCUUCUUUGACUCCGCCGUCACCACCGCCGGCGCGGCCUUCGCCUGCGAGAUCGCCGCCGCCCACCGCGGUUGGCUCAGCCGCGGCCACGGCUCCGUCCAGUUCGAUUCCGCCUCCGCUGCUACCCACGCCAUCGACCUCGCCUCCUCGGGCCGCCUGCCCCCUUUCCUCGGCUCCUGCCUCUCCGUCUCCGCCGCCCACGCCGACCUCCUGCCCCGCGCGCCCGACCUCUCCCUCCGCGCCGCCGACGCGAGCCUCAUUCUAGGCAACCGUGUCGCCGAGCGAGAGCUGGAGGUGGCCUACUCCUGGGACGGCGUGCGGGCCGAGGUCAUCCCGGGGAAGCGGCGUGUGGACCUCUACCUGAAGCAGGAUUCCCGGAGCUACAAGCUUGAGGUUCUCUUUGAGGACAUCAGGGAGUGCUUUGGGUGCCACCUUGAUGGGACGGGCGCCAUCUUGCUGCAGCUGGCUUAUGCACCAAGAAUAUACACUGCAAUUUCUGGGUCUACAGUUAAAUCAAGGUUUACAGAUGACCGCUUUCAUGCAUGCAAGGAGGACGCCAAAUUUGCAUGGGUCAGAGCACUAGAUUUUACACCUAAUAACUCUUUCGGCGAGUGUUCCACUCUUGUCCUGAAACUGAGCAAAGGUGUACCAGUAUCAGAAAUUCUUGAAAGUUUACCCUUCUCAGGAGAAUUAGGGGAAUUGGCCAUUUCUUCGAUGGAUGCAUUUGGCUCCUCCUCCAAUGUGGUUCCUCUUGUUGACUGCCCAAAUGGCUUUUCCGUGCCUUAUGAAGUUCUUUUUCGUCUGAACUCUCUUGUUCACAUGGGGAAGCUAGUUGCCAGGCAUGUUAAUGCUGAUCUGUUUAAAGUCCUUGAAGAGCUGUCAAUCGAUACUUUAAGGAGAAUAUUUGAGAAAAUGAGCAAAUUAAAAUCUACCUGCUAUGAACCUUUGCAAUUUAUCAGACAUGAGGCUCAUAGCAUGAGUAUGAGCAAGAAAGCCUUGUUGUCCAACAAGGAGGGUGGAAAAUUGAUGAGGUGUUACAGAAUUCACAUCACACCAUAA